AUGGAGGUGACACUAUUUGAAAAGAAUUCAUACUUCGGGGACAAAAGUUCUUUUGCAGAAAAUAUUAGUGCCUUAAAUUUUACCUCUGUUACAAGUUCAUCUUCAGCAAGAGAGAGCAGUUUUGCUCAAAUAAUAAAGACGCCAUCGGCUGUUUGCAAUCCUCCCAGACCGGGUUAUGGAAGUAAGACACCUCAGAUGGGACAUUCAGUUACAUCCUCAUCUGCCAUCUCAACUCACUCGGAUGCCUCAGUAAUUGUCGCACUUGUUGAAGGCAGAGGGCUUGCCAGAGGUGAAAUUGGGAUAGCCAGCAUCGAUGUGAAAAGGCCUCAGGUUGUGUUGUCCCAGUUUCCUGACAAUACAACAUAUACCAAGGUAAUUACUAAGCUAAAAAUUUUAGCACCGUUGGAAAUAAUAAUGUCGAACACUGCCUGUGUUGUGGGGAAUUCAACCAAGCUCUUCACCAUAAUUACAGAGAACUUCAAGAAUGUGACUUUCACUACCAUUCAAAGGAAAUACUUCAAUGAAACCAAAGGGUUAGAAUACAUUGAGCAGUUAUGCACAGCAGAAUUCAGCACUGUCUUAAUGGAGGUUCAGUCCAAGUACUACUGUCUGGCAGCUGCUGCUGCUCUGCUGAAAUAUAUGGAAUUUACUCAGAAUUCAGUUUAUGCCCCAAAGUCACUGAAGGUUUGUUUCCAGGGCAGUGAGAAGACAGCCAUGAUAGAUUCCUCAUCUGCGCAAAACCUCGAAUUGUUAGUUAAUAAUCAGGAUUGCAGGAGCAGCCACACUCUGUUUGGUGUUCUAAAUCACACCAAAACACCUGGAGGGAGCCGAAGACUUCGCUCCAAUAUCCUGGAGCCUCUAACAGAUGUUGGAACCAUCACCAUGAGACUCGACUGUGUGGAGGAACUUCUCCGAGAUGAGGAGCUCUUUCUUGGUCUUCAGACAGUUAUUUCAAGAUUUCUGGACACAGAACAGCUGCUUUCAGUUCUCGUACAGAUUCCAAAGCAAGACACGGUUAAAGCAGCUGAAUCAAAGAUAACAAAUUUAAUUUACCUAAAGCAUACUCUAGAACUUGUGGAUCCUUUAAAGGCAAUGCUGAAGAAGUGUAACACGCCCUUAUUAAAGGCUUACUGCAGUUCCUUAGAAGACAACAGGUUUGGAACGAUACUUGAAAAAAUUAAAACAGUUAUUAAUGAUGAUGCAAGAUACUUGAAAGGAUGUCUGAACAUGAGGACUCAGAAGUGCUAUGCAGUGAAGUCAAACAUAAAUGAAUUUCUCGAUAUUGCUAGAAGAACAUACACUGAAAUUGUAGACGACAUAGCAGGAAUGAUAACGCAACUUGCAGAAAAAUACAAUCUGCCUUUAAAGACGAGUUUUAGCUCUGCUCGAGGAUUUUUCAUUCAAAUGAACAUGGAUUGUACAUCACUGCCCAGCGGUCAACUUCCCUCUGAAUUUAUUAAGAUUACUAAAAUGAAAAACACAUACAGCUUCACAUCACCAGAUCUGAUUAAAAUGAAUGAAAGAUGCCAAGAGUCGCUGAGAGAAAUAUAUCAUAUGACGUACAUGGUAGUGUGCCAGCUGCUUAGUGAGAUCUAUGAGCACAUCCACUGCUUAUACAAACUCUCGGACAUUGUGUCCAUGCUGGAUAUGUUGCUGUCAUUUGCUCAUGCCUGCACUCUUUCUGAUUAUGUUCGACCUGAAUUCACUGACACAUUAGCCAUCAAACAGGGCUGGCACCCUAUCCUUGAGAAGAUAUCUAUGGAAAGGCCUGUGGCUAACAAUACUUACAUUACCGAGGGGAGCAAUUUCAUCAUCGUUACUGGGCCAAACAUGAGUGGGAAAUCGACAUAUUUGAAGCAAAUAGCUCUUUGUCAGAUUAUGGCCCAAAUUGGUUCAUUUGUCCCAGCAGAAUAUUCUUCGUUUAGAAUCACUGAACAAAUUUUCACUAGAAUCAGUAUGGAUGAUGCUCUAGAAACAAAUUCUUCAACAUUUAUGAAGGAAAUGAAAGAGAUAGCAUAUAUACUCCAUAAUGCUAAUGACAGAUCACUCAUCUUAAUUGAUGAGCUUGGCAGAGGUACUAAUACCGAGGAAGGCAUCGGCAUUUGUUACGCAGUCUGUGAAUAUCUGCUCAGCUUGAAGGCGUUCACACUGUUUGCUACACAUUUCCUGGAGCUGUGCCAAAUGGAUGUCUUCUUUCCCAAUGUUGAAAAUAUCCAUUUUGAAGUGCAACAUGUGAGAAGCAGCAGAAGAAACAGAGAUUCAAUCACUUAUACCUACAGACUUUCUAAAGGACACACAGAAGAAAAAAAUUAUGGGAUCAAAGCUGCAGAAGCAUCAUCACUCCCACAGUCGAUUAUCUCAUAUGCAAAAGAGAUUAGAACUCAGAUCACUAGGCAGAUGAUGGAACAGCAAAGCCAGAGCAGCUCUCCUGAAGUCGCCAGGCAGAGGGCUGUGUACCAGCUGGCCACCAGGCUCCUUCAGGCGGCCAGAAACUCACAGCUGGAUUCGGAGAGCUUGCGCCUCUACUUGAGAGGCCUCAAGACCCAGUUUGAAGCAGCUUUACCUGCGGCUGGACCAGUAUCAGAAGAGCCUGAAGAAAGAUAAGUUACAUUCCCCAAACCAUUUACAUUUAGAUGAGAGGAACUCGAAUUAAUUUUUCCCAAAGCAAUAUUAAAUGACAAUCUUUAUCGAAUUUUUGU